AUGUCUGACGAUUUUGAAGGUGUUUCGUGUGAACUCUGCAAAAUUCGCAAAGUCCGCUGCGAUCGUGGCAAGCCAUCAUGCGGCUGGUGUGUUCGAAAUAGCCAAAUAUGCGAGUACAAGGAGCGCAAGAAGCCUGGCUUGCGUGCUGGUUAUGGUAGAGAACUCGAAGCUCGACUUGACAAGGUGGAGAACGUACUGCAAGCACAGCAACAGCUCCUGCAGCACUUUACUUCGGUCAUCCCCGGCUUGACAAAUCAGCAGCUCAAUCACCAGUCACCAUCAGCCAUUUCCACUGCACAAUCAGUCGACCACGGCGGUCGUUCCGAGGCCGCUCUUUACAUGCAGAGGCCAGCUCCAUAUCCUUCUGCAACCUCCCCUGCCUCUGCCAUUACUAAUACAGGCUUUGGUUUACACCCUAUGAAUACCGCCCAAGCUGCACAGCAAGCGGAACAGUAUACUCAGUCUCUACAAGAGACGCAACAACAGCUUAGCACACCUCAUGCUAGGCUUGAUUCUCACUCGGAAGCACCAUAUGCUCCGACCAACCCACCACUAGAAUCUCCUAGUCUGAACAUACCUGGUUCCGGACAAACUGCCAACCUAACAAGUCCUCAGCUGCAGAUGUCUAGCCAGAUGGCUACCAGUCAAGAUGCUGAGCUGCCGCCCUACGAUCUCUUGUAUUCUCUCGUCGAUCUGUUCUUCAAGCAUGUUAACACAUGGGCCCCAAUUCUGCACAGGCGUAGUACUCUCGACUCCUUGUUUGGUACCUCUAGUCUUGAGGAAGCUGACAGGAUCCUACUUCAUGCCAUCGUCGCGACAACGCUGAGGUUUUCCAACGAUGUGCGUCUAACUGAACAAGCUCGAGAAAGAUACUACUCCAAUUCCAAACAAAAGGUAUUACUUUACGGGCUCGAGAACAGCUCCGUCAAAGCACUUCAAGCCCUGGUCAUCCUGGCCUUGGAUAUUGUUGGAUGCUCAAAUGGUCCACCCGGCUGGAACUUGCUUGCUCUGAUUGCGCGUUCUGUCGUACAGCUCGGUCUGGCGGUUGAGACCACAUCGACCUCUGUGUCCCCGCUGUAUCCUUCAAUCUAUACUCUUCGUGCAAUGGUUCUCCCGGAAUCAAAUGACUGGAUUGAGGAUGAGAGUCGUCGACGUCUUUUCUGGAUGGUUUAUCUCCUUGACCGCUAUGCUACCAUAGCCACGGCUUUCGAGUUUGCACUCGAUGACAAAGAGAUUGAUCGCAAAUUGCCUUGCAGAGAUGACUUGUUUGCUAGAAAUCAGCCUGUCGAGACUCGUUGGUUUCACACGUCGGAGAGAACCGACUACACGUUGAACAAACCAGAAAACCUAGGAUCUCUCAGCUACUACAUUGAGAUUGUGGGAAUCCUGUCGAGGAUACAUCGAUUCCUGAAGAAGCCAGUCGACAUCGGGGAUUUGUCAGACGUUGAGCAAUGGCAACGCGAAUACCGUGAGCUCGACAGUGCUCUGAACAGCUGGAAGUUUUCACUUCCCGGCGAGUAUGGGAACAUGGCACGCUUAUUCAACCCUAACGGCAGCAGCAAGAUUGUUAAUUGCAUUUGGAUCAUGUUGCAUAUCACAUAUCACACUGCCGUAAUCCGUCUGCACUCAUCUGCUGCAUAUCCAACCACCAGGUCCCCUAUCUUCACACCAUCAUUCAGUGCUAGCCAAAGAUGCCACACCGCUGUUGAGGAUAUUUGCUCACUUUGCACUUACGUCAGAAACAAUAACAUGCUUACAAACCUCGGCCCGCAUUUUGCCUUUUCAAUCUGGGUUGCGGCUCGCUUGUUACUCGUUCAUGGUUCGACGAUUGACCAUCAAGUCAACCCAGCAAUAUAUCCUCUUGUCGAAACGUUGCGAGAUAUGGGUCGAUACUGGAACGUCGCUGAAAGAUAUGCUACACUCUUGCAACGUGUACUUGACGAAUACAAUGAAUCCGAACGUGCACCAACUGGUGUAAAUGGCGAAAGAGUUACACCAUCAACGGUAAAGAUCCUGGCGGACAUGAGACGAUGUGCCUACGAUCUGGAUUUCUUGAUCUCCAGGCAACCACGCCAGCAAUAUAGUGGUGGUAAACAGCAUGCCAUAACUCCCGCUCGUACCCCGGCUCCACAAGAGCUCGAGUAUCUGGAUGUCUUCGACUUUUUCAACAUGCCUCGUCUUCCUGUCCCCAACGACACUUCUCUUGCUGCAGCCGCCAAUAGCGGAGAGUUCCAAGCUCCUGAUCUGGGCAGCAACAGCGAGUUCAACAUCACCAAUUUCAUGUACGAUCCAACUGCCGAUUUCUUGAAUGUACGCAAUGCUGGGACAUGA